AUGUUUCAUAAUCGACGAUAUAAUUUGUAUGUUUUGACUAAUCGUUUAAAAGUUAAUUUACUAGAAGCAAUAAAAAUGCUUAAAAAUCCGUACAAAGUAUCUAACACUGCUGAAUGUUCAAAAAUUGAGCCACAGCCAGAUGGCAUCGAGUGGCAAGCGACAGGCACGAAUUUAUUAUCUAGUGAUAAUAAACCUAUUAUGCGAGUGGAAUACUUUGCACCGGGAAAUGUCUAUAAAAGUAUAUUCAAGCUAACUGGAAAACAUCAAUAUAAUGCUACUUUGAUCAACUAUGCAGAAUAUUCAAACUUGCACAUUACUGACCCACCUAAAAAUGAAAUUAAAAAAUCACAGUUUGUGUCUAGAAAAAGAUCCAUAAAAAGUAUAAUGAAAGAUCGUUUUGAGUUAUUCAAAAAACCGAUAAAUGAAGAAAUAGUGAAUGAUCAAUCUAAUAUUGAACAAAUAAAAAACAACAAUUUUGACCCACGAACUUUAGGAGCCGACUUUUCUCUUCCAGGUACUUCAUCAUCUAUUUCUACACCAGAUUGUUCUACUAUCCACCCAUUCAACUAUUUAGAGCAUGAUUUACAUGAAGACGAUGUAAUUGAAUCAACUGCAUUUGAAUCUAAUGUAUCUCCGAAUAUAUCAUUUGAAGUACAAGAUAUAAAUCUUCAUAAUGAACCAUUUCGAACGCCAAGCACACAAUAUGAGACAUCAUUCAUUAUUUGUAGUACACUAACACCAUCCAACAAUACUUAUAAAAAUUUCAGUGAUUUGGAAAUAUCGAAUGUGGAAAGUCACCAGUUUCAGUGUGAUAUGUGUAACAUUGUUAUGUUUAUUAACUCAGAAAAGUCGAAACCUGAAACCUUUUUGCCGAUAAACGAUGCCGCCGUAAACGGAUCAAUAGCAGCUGGAAUUGGUUUUACACAAUUAUCUGAAUUAUGUGCGGUUAUGGAUAUCCCUUGUAUGUCUUCGUCUACUUUUCUCUCAGUACAAGAGUUUAUUGCUAAAAAAAUCCAUGAAGUCGCUGAGGCGCAAAUGAAAAUUGCUGGUGACGAAGAACGUCGUUUAGCAAUAGAAGCUGGAUCAGUAGAUAUUGACGGAAUUCCCAUGUGUACGGUUGUCGCAGAUGGACAAUGGUCUAAGCGCAGUUACAAGACUAAAUAUGAUGCAUUAUCCGGAGUAGCAACAAUAAUUGGUUAUAGAUCGAAAAAAAUUUUGUUUGUGGGCAUUAAAAAUCGGUUUUGUGUAAUUUGUCAGAGAGCGAAAAAUAAAAAAUUACAUCCGUCUGAACAUACAUGUUUUUUAAAUUGGAAAAAAGGUGCUACAAGUAUGGAAGCUGAUGGUAUUGCUGAUGGUUUUAAACGGAGUUUAGAAAUGCAUGGUCUAAAAUACAAUAAAAUAAUAGGAGACGGAGACUCGAGUGUUACAAAAAGACUAACUGACAUAAUGCCUUAUGGCCCUAGACUACGAGUAAUAAAAAUAGAAUGUCGCAACCAUUUAUUGCGAAACUAUGGAACAAAAUUGAGGGCUAUGACGUUAAAUACAAAGUACCCGAUUUCGUUAAGGAAUCAUAUAAAAUCAAAUAUAUUACGCUUUAGAUUUUCAAUAACUAAGGCAAUUGAAUAUCGCAAUAGUUUAUCAGGUCAAACAGAUUAUCAAAAAUCAGUUGGACUACGCCAAGAUAUACAUGACAGUAUGUGA